AUGACUCCCUCGAUCGUCAACCUAUCUUCUGACGACCGAGUCGAAGACUCGGUGCAGAGCCAAAAAUUGACCAGCACAGAGCAGAAGUCUGGCCCACCACAAGUGCAAUCGAUGGGAAAGGCGAAGGACGGGAGGAACUUGAAGAUCAGGAAGUACCCACAGUUCGCAUCUCUGGAAGAAGAGCGUUUGUACAGGAAGCAGCACCUGGCUGCUGUGUUUCGUGUCUUUGCAGAUCGUGGGUUCGACGAGGGAGUAGCUGGACAUAUCUCGGUUCGAGACCCCAUCCUCACAGAUCAUUUCUGGUUGAACCCCCUGUCCAUGCACUUUUCUCUGAUAAAAGUAUCAGAUCUCAUCUUGGUUGAUGAGGAUGGACUGGUUGUAGAGGGCGACGAACCCAUAAACACCGCCGCUUUCACGAUCCACUCAGCAAUUCAUAGGUCUCGUCCGGAUGCGAAUGCCGCGUGUCACGCCCACAGCGUUCAUGGCAAAGCAUUCUCUGUGUUCGGUCGCGAACUGGAGAUGAUCACACAAGACUCUCUGCGUUUUUACAAAAGCCACUCAGUUUAUGACAACUUUGGCGGAGUGGUAGUCGACCGUGAGGAAGGUGACCGCAUCGCAACGGCUUUGGGCACUGGAAAGGCAGUCAUACUACAGAAUCACGGCUUGCUGACCGUUGGCCAAUCAGUCGACGAAGCUGCAUUUUGGUUCAUCAGUCUGGACAAGACAUGCCAUGCACAGCUACUUGCAGAUGCCGCUUCCGCUGCAGGUUAUCGGAAAAAGUUUGUGAACGACGAAGAAGCACAGUAUGCAGUAAAGGAAGUCGGUGGACCAGAGAAGGGAUGGUUAGCUUUUCAGCCAUACUAUGACGAGCAACUUGCCAAGACCAAAGGCGAGUUCUUACAGUAA